GUUCAAACCACCUUCCUCCCAUCAAUGAAACAACAAACAACAACAACGACAACUACCAGAUUCAAAUCUCUUCUUCUUCUCACUUCUCACCAUCACAACAACAGAGAGAGAAAGAGAAAGUUAAAGAGAGAGAAACACAUGACUGGAAUGGUAAUGUUGUCAAAGACUACUAGUGAUGGUGGUGCUAAAGUGGACCAAGAACAACACCACCACCACCAAAACAAUCUCUCCAUUGCUGCGGUUUUCUUAGCUGCACUGAGAAAAUCAAUGGUCUAUUGCAGAGUAGAUCGACAAGAAGAAGUUAUCUCGGCCGUUCAACAUAUGGAAAUCGGAUGGCCCACGAAUGUUCAGCACAUUGCUCAUGUCACAUUCGAUCGAUUCAAUGGGUUUCUGGGUCUUCCUGUUGAGUUCGAAGUCGAGAUUCCUUGUAGAGUCCCCAGUGCCAGUGCUAGUGUUUUUGGCGUAUCAGCAGAAUCGAUGCAGUGUUCUUAUGAUUCAAGAGGCAAUAGUGUCCCUACAAUCCUCUUACUAAUGCAAGAGAGGUUAUACUCAAACGGAGGUCUUAAGGCGGAAGGAAUUUUCCGGAUAAACCCAGAGAACAGUCAAGAGGAGAAAGUGAGGAGCCAGUUGAACAGAGGCAUUGUGCCAGAUGGCAUUGAUGUUCACUGCUUGGCGGGGCUCAUCAAAGCCUGGUUCCGAGAGCUUCCUUCGGGUGUGUUAGAUGGGCUUUCCCCUGAACAAGUUCUUGAAUGUGACGCAGAGGAGGAAUCAGUGGAGCUUGUGAAGCGGUUACAACCAACCGAAUCAGCAUUGCUCAACUGGGCUAUUGAUCUCAUGACUGAUGUUGUUGAGCAUGAGGAAUACAACAAAAUGAAUGCUAGAAAUAUCGCCAUGGUUUUCGCCCCAAACAUGACUCAGAUGUCUGAUCCAUUGACGGCUCUGAUGCACGCGGUUCAAGUGAUGAACUUGCUGAAGACUUUGAUAACGAAAACGCUAAGAGAGCGUGAAGACGCUGCAACAGGAGGAAACUCACCGAUGCUAUCUGGUUCGUCUGAUCACCAAACUGAUGGGGAAAUUGAUAGCCAGCAAGAAAUGGAUACGAGCUGCGAAUUAAGAGGGCCAAUGUCCGAAUAUGAUGAGCACGAUGAUGCCCAAUACAGCAACAGCAGCAGCAGCGGAGAUGAGAAUGAUAUCGAGUCAUUGAGUGAGAUAGAAGAAUGUUUCUUGAGACAAUUGGAUGAGAAAGGUUGUGCCAAAAACCGUUCCCUGGAAGAAGAGUCAAUUGGAGAUUCACAAAGACAGCACGUGAGUCCCAAAAGUGGUUCUAGCUCUACAUCUCAUAUUGAGUCUGGUAUUUCAUUGUCGUCUGAUAGCAAAUUUGGCAGUUCUGGUUCGAGCACGAGCAAUGGGGAAGACUCCGGUUCAAUUCUGAUUGCUGUUGAAGUGAAGGAUGAUUUGAACACCAAGGAUGUUGAGAUGGUAGAUUUUUCAAUGCCCUUGAUUGAUGUCGUGUAAUGGUGUUCUAGUGUGGAUGUCCAUGUUAUGCUGAUUUGGGUAAGCACCUCGUUUGCGGAUUUUGGGGGUUUUCUUCUAAUAGCAAUUGUUGUUUUUGUAAAUUGAAAGUGCUUUGAGUGUUGCCAAUUUGUCAUUGUUAAUCAGGGGAAGGGGAUGGGGAUGGGGAUGGGGAUGGGAGUGGUUUGCUUUGUGGUUUGAUCGUGAGUCAUUUUUCAGCUCAAGGCCUAGUUUAUUAUGCUUGUUGUCUGUGAUUCACUUGGAAAGGAUACCUAACUUUGACAUUGUAGAUUGGAAUGAAUGUGUUUGUUCUGUUUCUCUUUCUCUCAAA